AUGUCUUCUCGCGCUUCUGCCAAAUCACCUACUCCAGGAUCCUUAUCCUCUUCGCGCAACCAGCCUCAGAGCCUCGCGCAGGAGCCCGCCAACACUGAGGACUUCGACAUGCCGGACCUCAAGAUUCGAGGACGCGCUCAGACUAAGUCCGCCAAAGACUACUCCGCCAAUUUCCGACAACUUAGCGUUCAACUCGACCUUACCGAGGAAACCAAGAUCUUCAUGUUCUAUCAAGGACUAAAGGACGAAGUCAAGGACGAGAUCAUCAAGAUUGAUCGACCUGACGACUUUCUCUAG